AUGAGCAUGCCAGGCGCCUUCAGCCCCCAUGCUCCCUCGAGCCCCAAGAUGGCCCCAACCGCCACUGCGUCGUCUGCCGCUGCGUCGUCUGCCUCUGCGGGCGAUGUCAAGAAGCCCGAUGCCUUUUUGACGCCGCCUCUCCGCCUCGGCGAGUCCUCCGACGCCUACUCCCUCCACAGCGCCAACGCCAACGCCAACGCCAACGCACCUGGCCGGUUCUACGACGACGACCCCGCUGAGCUGCUGCCUGGGCGUGGCGGCGACGAGGACGACCUGCCGCCUCUGUACACCGACGACCCCUCGGCCGACGGCGUCCGCGAUCCUCUGCUGCAGAUCCAAGACCUCCACAGCAAGCAGCACGGCCUCGUGCCGCCCCAUCUCGUCGUGCCCGACACGGGCAACGAGUACCACAUCGACCGCCGCCUCGACGCCGACCCCUCGUUCCUCCAGCGCCACAUCGAGGCCUGCGCCGCCAUCCCGCCCCGUGCCUUUGUACGCCUGCGCGGCACCCACACCGAGACCGUCCGCCGUGGCGACAAGACGGAGCGCCAGACGCACGUCGACUUUGACGUCCGCCUCGAGCUGACGCCCUUUCUCUACAGCGACGAUUGCCACGCACACGAGCUGGCGCACCCUGCGCACCGCCGACAACUUUUGCCAAGGUCGGCGCGGCACCUUCUGCUUUCGUCACGGGCCCUCGAGGCGGGCCGCCCCGGCCUCGCCGAGUGGUGCCACCGCUACUGCGCCAGCCACGCCGGCCUCAAGACGUUCCAGCUGCGCCGCGAGGUGACGGGCUGGAACGAGGACCUCGUGCGCUCCAAGCUCGAGACGCUCGUCCGCGCCACCGGCUACCAGGGCCACGUCGCCGUCACCUUUCCCCUGCAGGGCGAGACGGUGACCGUCUACAACGACGCCGCCACGAACCGCUGGCGCCUGCUGCGCUGGGUCCGCGUCCUCUGCGUCCUGACCCUCACCAUCCUCCUGACCUGGCCCUGGCUCUUCUUCCGCACGGCCCGCUUCGAGGUCGCCGUCGUCGAGUGGCCCAUGAGCCGCCGCAGCCCCCGCCACCGUCAAGGCACCGCCGCAGCCGCCGCCGCUGCCGGCCGUCGCGACUACGUCAGCCUCAGCGAGGAGCAGUGGUACAACAUGUGGGCCCGCGCCGUCCGCCGCGCCGUCCUCGAGCGCAGGCAGGGCACCCUCGACCAGGGCGACCUCGUCGCCGCCGAGGGCGCCCAGGGCGCCACCUUUGACGGCCAGACCGAGGCGCAGGCCGUCGUCGGCAACGCCGUCGGCAAUUUUGUGCGCGCCGGCGUCAGCGCCAUGAAUGCCGUCAAUGUGCGCUUCGGCUGGGGCGGCGACCACUGA